AUGGCCGUGAUUCCGUUCGCCGCCACGCGAUCCGGCAUCAGAGACUUCCUCCUCGCCGUCUCAUCCUUACUCUCCGUCACUCUGCUCCUCUACCUCCACAAUCUCGACCUCCCCUCCAACGUCGUCACUCACUCCGCCGCCGCCGAUCCCCCACCGCCGCUCUCUCUCCACGGCAUCCUCUUCUCCGUCGCCUCCUCCUCCUCCUCACUCCACCGCCGCGCUCCCUACAUCCGGCUCUGGCACCGCCCGAUCUCCCGCCUCAACACCACAUUCCUCUUCCUCGACCGGCCCCCGCCCCAACCGACCCCUCCCUCCCUCCCUCCCAUCAUCGUCCCUCCCGGCGCCGGAACCCUAGCUGCGGGCCAUCGCAUUGCGCGCAUCGUUAAGGACGCCGUCGACUUGAACGUCCCCGGCGUUCAUUGUAGCUCUGAGAGUUACGAGCAGAAUGAGAAAUUCAGCUUUGAUAUGGCGUAUGGUGGUGGCGGAUUCGCGGUCAGUGCGCCAUUAGCUCGGGUUUUGGCUAGGGUUCUCGAUUCAUGUCUCGGUAGGUACCGCCAUUUGUAUGGAAGCGAUGCUCGAAUUUUCUCCUGCUUAGCUGAGCUAGGCGUCCCGUUGACUGUCGAGAAAGGAUUCCAUCAGGUCGAUGUUCGAGGGGAUUUAUUCGGAUUUCUCUCUGCGCAUCCAAUAUCACUUGUUGCAUCAUUGCAUCAUAUAGAUGCUAUUGAACCAAUCUUUCCUGGCAAGGACCGAAUUAAUGCUUUGGAACAUCUUUCCAAAGCUUCACGCACUGAUCCUGCUAGGAUUUUCCAGCAGAGUGUUUGCUACAAAGAAACUAGUUCAGUUACGGUUUCAAUCUCAUGGGGUUAUGCUGUACAAGUAUAUGAAGGGAACAAACUUCUUCCUGAAGUACUCUCACUUCAGAGAACUUUUAGCCCAUGGAAGAGAGGAAAGAAUGUAUCUUCAAGCCAUACAACUGGUAUCUGGACCAAAUACACUAGACACAAUGCUGGAAGUUGUGUUAAAUUUAAAGCACUAGAGAGAUUGAAAGCAGUUAGCGCGUCGUCAUUGCUGCGAUAUUUCAUCGUUUUCUGA